UGGGUGGCUGUUGCCCCACACGCCGCACGCCGGAAAAGGGUAGGCGAGCCACCUCCGCCCCCUCACCUCGCCCCCGCGCCGGCCCCACCGCCGAGCCCACUUCCCCCCCACCUCUCCGUCCAGGCGCCGUCGCCGUCAAUCGAUCGCCCUAGCUAGCUAGCCAGGGUCCCUCCCCGAUCUACUCGUUGGCCAUGGCGGACGAGCCGGCGCUGCCGGUGGCGGCGGGGAGGGACAAGGACGAGCGCCGCCGCUUGAUGGGCAGGUGCGCGCUCGCCGUCGUCGGCAUCAUGAGCACCCUCCUCGUCUACGGCGUCCUCCAGGAAAAACUUAUGAGAGUUCCCUAUGGAGCAGAGAAGGAGUUCUUCAGAUACUCACUAUUUCUUGUUUUCUGUAACCGUAUCACCACAUCCAUGGUGUCUGCACUCGUGUUACUGUCGAGUAAGAAGUCCACGGACCCAGUGGCCCCAAUCCAGAAAUACUGUGUUGUCUCCUUCUCAAACAUACUAACCACAACUUGCCAGUACGAGGCCCUCAAGUAUGUGAGUUUCCCUGUCCAGACACUUGCCAAAUGUGCAAAGAUGAUUCCUGUUAUGAUUUGGGGCACGAUAAUUAUGAAAAAGAAGUAUGGUGGAAAAGAUUACUUCUUUGCAGUCAUUGUGACCAUGGGCUGCUCAUUGUUCAUUCUAUACCCGGCAUCAAUGGAUGUUAGUCCACUUAAUAAAGGCAGAGAAAGUACUGUUUGGGGUGUUUCACUCAUGCUUGGCUAUCUUGGAUUUGAUGGUUUCACAAGCACCUUCCAAGACAAACUCUUCAAAGGGUAUGAGAUGGAAAUUCACAACCAAAUAUUCUACACGACAAUGUGCUCUUGUGUUAUUAGCUUGAGUGGGCUUAUUCUCCAGAAUCAUCUUCUUCCAGCUGUGGACUUUAUGGUUCGUCAUCCAGAUUGCUUCUAUGAUGUCCUAAUCCUAUCCACUGUUGCAACAGCUAGCCAGUUCUUCAUAUCCUACACUAUUCGAACAUUCGGGGCUCUCACAUUCGCUACCAUCAUGACAACCAGACAGUUGGUGAGCAUACUACUGUCCUGCGUCUGGUUCGUGCAUCCCCUUAGCUGGAUGCAGUGGGUUGGAGCUGCCAUUGUAUUCGGUGCCCUGUAUGCCAAAACCUUCUCAAGAAACAAACUGCAGAAGGCCGCGGUCGUGAGCUCACCGUCGCAAGGUUCUGUGCCAAAUGCUGCUAACAGUUGACUGGAAGAAAUAACAAAUAGGAACAACGAAGGUCUGAUCUACUUGUCACUUUGCUGUACCGGAUAGAAAAUUUUCAUGUCCGAGGCGAAUGACAGGCAUCCUAACAAAUUGACUGAGAGAGAACAGAUUGUAGAGUCAUGCCUUGGCUCCGAAUCAUCAACCUGGGGAGCUCUGAAAGGCUUAGCUGAAGGCCCAUUAGUUUGUUGAUGUGAAAGAGUGAUCGGGGCUGCCGAAAUUUCUCUCUGAGGCCGUUCGCUGUUAGCUACAGUAACAUAAUGUUGUGAUGUAAACUUGACGAUUUACUCCAUAGAUAGAAAAAGUCUUUCCACCCACAAGAGGGAGGAAAGGCUGGAUUUUUUGUGCGUACAGCGCAUUACCCUACCUUAGGGCGUGACCGGCGCGCCGCAUCUCCACACUGAUUUUCAUGGCUGAUGGUGUGGUGUAGAGUUGGUCGUGCCAUAGGACUGUAUUUGUCAUGUUUGUGAUAUAAUUUUGCGUUUUUUUGCGACUA